AUGACGCGUCCAGAGGAGGGCGUCAUACACUCGUUUCAGACACAGCUGUCUGGGGUCAUGGAGACCGUUUUUAAAGCUGCCAUAUUUGAGGUCACCCGUCUCGUGGAGGACAGUUUCGUGCAGGAGGUGUCCCGCAGUCGAGAGCAGGUAGAGACUCUGAAGAAGAGACUCCAGUGGAGCGAGACCAGACGGAAAAAUCAAGAGACGAGUGUGAGGAGUCUGAGGUGUGCAGAGUGUGACAAAGCCCGUGUGUUUAACGAGGAAAAAGAAGAAAUGUCACCACAAUCAGAAAAUGAGCGCAGCCUCAAACAGGAGAAAGUUCCGGAUGGGGACUGGGGAAGCUGUGAGUUGGAGUCUGACACACUUUUGGGAAAAGAGAGAUUAGAAGUCCAAACCAGCACCAGUAUUACAGCAGAGUCUGCAAGCACAGAGGUCAGGAAACUGGACUGUGUAGUAAAAGAGGAGACCCUUUAUGACACUGCCGCUAAUAAAGAGCUUCAGGAUGGGUGGACGUUGGAUACUGAAGGAGCUGAGACGUCAGAUUUCUCAGCUCACAGUUACAGUGAGCAGGAGCUGCAGCAGAUUCAGGAUGAGUGGAGCUCUGGACUUGAUCAGACCACUGACAAUGAAGCUUAUGCAGAUAUUGCAGACGUCCAGUGCCUGACGUACCGAACACGUUAUGACACAGAAGAGCUAGCAAGCUACAGUGUGCAUGAACUGGACAUGGGAGACCUGGACGGUCUCAGAGAAAGAACUGAAGACAUGUUGGGUAAUUCAGUAUCUGAUCAAAACGACCUGAACCAAGAAGGUGGGAGACGUCACAGCUCUUCCAUUAAGACUAAGAGAGGAAACCGAGUAUCUUUACCUGUGCAUGUCAGCCCAGAGACAGAAGACGUUGAUAGAGACAUGCACUGUUUACUUAUUAAUGCAGAUGGCCACUUGCAAGACAUAAAUUCCUUCACAGAAAUUCGAAGUGGGGUGGCAGGAGGUACUGGACAUAGAGGACACUCACUGUAUGCUGGGGACACAGCUAGUGGUGCAGUUUAUAAGGGACAUGCAUUGAAUCACUCUCUGAAACCUAAUGUUGGACAAGCAUUAGGAGACAGCAGGGAUUCUGCAAAAGCCUUCCCAGUUUCCCACCGAGUCGGUUCAGGUGCUGCUUACACAUGUAACCAGUGCGGUAAGAAGUUCACUCUGGCCUGCAACCUUAAAGUGCACCAACGUGUCCACCAGCGGGAAGGUCUCCACCUGUGCAGCCACUGUGGGAAAGGGUACUCGUCCUUCAGUGACCUGGGAAGGCACCAAUGCAGUCAGACUGGAGACAAGCCCUACACCUGCACGCUGUGUGGGAACAAAUUCAGCCGACUGUGGAACCUCAAGCUGCAUCAGCGUAUUCACACACAGGAGAAACCACACAAGUGCACUUUGUGCACUAAGAGCUUUACCCGGGCCGACAUCUUGAAAGUCCAUCAACGUACCCAUACAGGAGAAAGACCGUACUGCUGUGGCAUCUGUGGACUGAGCUUCAAGCGACAGGAUCAUCUCAGGUCACAUCAGCGCAAACAUAGUGCUGACCAGGACAAUCCAUAAGAAAACAAUUCACCACACAACCUUACAGAGCUGUUUUGACUUGAACUGCUAGAAGGUCAUAAAUCACAGAUUGUUGGAGAGCCAUAAAUACAGGUGUUUUCCAUAAAUCAUAACAUUGUUGCUGUAGAAGCUCCCAUUAUAGUUAUGUCUUCUGUAUAAUUAAAAUUUUAUUUUUCUGAAAGGGAUAGUUCAACCAAAAACGAAUAUUCAUUAUUUACUUUCCCUUAGGAUAGUUUAAGUCCUGUAUGUCAUUCUUCUGUGGAACAUAAUUUUGUUUUUUUUGUCUAUAUAAUCUGUUUGGUUUCCAACAUUCUUCAGAUUGUCAUCUUUUGGGUUUAGCAGAAGAAAUGUAGUAAAACAGGUUCAAGAGUAAAUGAUGACAGAAUAUUCAUUUUUAAUAGAACUAUGCCGAGGCUAUGCUAUGGAUAAUGUGGUCAACUUUGCAUCACUUAAUAGUUUGAAUAUUGUUUACUUGUGAUGCAGAGUGUUCAGAGAUGGUCACUUUUAUGCCCUGUAGAGCCUUAUUGUAUAUCACACUCAUUUUGAAAAAUAUAUUUACUUUGGUUUAUUUUAAUAAACCUACCAAAUAUAUUUGCUCAGAUAUGCAAUGUGCGUCACAUCAUGCAAUAUCAGUCUAUUUUCAGCUCUCUGCUUUAGCCAUACAUAAUCAAAUGUCAUUUUAAAAAUUCAUCUUGUUGAUUGAUUAAAUCCUCCAGCUGUUUAUUCCAAA